AGAUAACAAAACGCUUUGUCUGUCAAAGAUGGAAGCUUGGCGUCUUGUGUAAAAUUAGACAUUCUUGGUUGAUUUUUGUAUUUAUUUAAUACCACGAUAUUUAGAGGAUAUUCAGGCAAAUUAAAGAGAAGAAGAUAAGUAGAAUUUCAUUUCUAAACAAAUGCCUUUAAUUGUGAUUUAAUGGAACUCAUCAUAGACUGUUUUCAAAUAGUUUUUAGAUGCAGAAAUUCUAUGAUUUUAUAGCUCUAUCUGUUACCGCGAACCUACAAAAUAAGUUUUCCGAUUAUUUUUAUGAAUGACUUAGUUAUUAAAUACAGCAUGGAGCAAGUGAAAGUGUGUAGAAUUUGUCUUAUUAUGGACGUAAAAAUGUAUGACUUGCGGUUACAUCCUCUGGACUAUUAUUCAAAAUCAAUAAAAACCUUGACUUCAAUGGAUCUUCCGCCUUACGCUUGUUUCGAAUGUGCCGCGUUGAUCACAAAGACCUACCAUUUCAGAGAGAAAUGUAUGUGGGGUCAAACAGCUCUUUACAACAUUAUCAAUUCCAUUGGCAUGGUAACAGAACGAAGCGUAAAACAACUUAAUAGACAUGAAUUAAAUUUAGUUUCUAGUCUUUCAUGUCAAAGUAUUUGUAUGGAUAAUACAAUAAAUAUAGCGAGUGAAGAGUCGGAGUUAUUAGCUAUAAAACAUGAACUGACUAAUGAAGAUGCAGUGGAUGAUGAACAAAAGUAUAAUUUGGACUUAGGUUUCUUCAAGCAUGAGAUCAGUGGUGAUGAUAUCAGAUUCUCCAGUGAUGAUGAUGAUGAACCAUUGGUGUUACACAAAAGAAAUAAACAAAAGGCCACCAAAAGCAAAGGGAAGAAAAAGAAAGCAGAUAAACAAAUACUUGAAGUGGAUUUAGAAGAUAGUGCUGAAUUUGAGUUACCGCUUGACGAUCAACUAGAUCCACCACCAGAGUCACCAUUGCCUCGGUCGAGGGGUCGCCCCAAGAAGGAUCCAUCCAAAAUUAAGCCUAAAGCGGCACGCGGACGGCGAACUGCUAACACAGGCGGGGUGCCGGGAGAUGAUAGCAACAUGGAGGAGUACGUCAACAUUAUCACGCUCUCCAGAGAAGAACAGUUUCAGGAGAUAGAAAACCGCAAGACCUCGUCCAACUAUCUGAACUCGGUGUUCAAGUGCGAGCAUUGCUACAAGGGCUUCAUAGACGGCAAGGCUUGGAAGCAUCACCUGUCGCGACACGAGCCCAAACCAGGUGACGUGGAGUGCGAGAUUUGCAAAUUCCGCUUCAAGAGCAAGCGCCACCUGUCCAAACACGUGGCCCUUCACGAGAAGAAAUACGCCUGCAAGGCCUGCCCCUACGUCUCCAAGUGCACAACUCAAGCGAAACAGCAUCAAAGAUGGCACAAAGGCGUCACGUACAAAUGUCAGCACUGCGAUGAAAUAUUGUCCAAAUGGACGUCGUACCUGAGCCACGUGCGGCUGAAGCACCCGUCGGAGUUCAUCUGCGGCUCGUGCGGGUACUCCUUCGUCAGCCGGCUCGGGCUCAGCAUGCACCGCACCAUGAUGCACAAGGACGCCGUGAGUUGUAACAUUUGUGGUCGAGCGAGUGGACGUCGUACCAGGCCUGUUCAUCUCCGCGAGUUUACAUCGAAAACAAAACACGCACGAUGGCCCACCUACAGGAUACUAUUCGACAAGGCCUCACAUACGAGCGAACAUUGACUCACGCACGCGUAUUCUUGUGUAUGAUGGAAGAAAAUAAAGAAAAUAGUGUACUAAAUACUGUGCAGUAUUUAACUGCCUAAAUAGGUAAUAAUAAAAACACAGAAUGUACUUUUUUAAGUUGCCUCAAGAAGCUGAGAGGUAAAUAAGUAGUUAAUAUUAUUCAUGAUAAUUCAUGCUAAAUCAUGUAUUUCCUCCGCCAUUUUCCGCAGUUUGGCACCUCACGUCACAUCAUUUUACCGAAGUCAGCCGUCAGUCAAUAGCUUCGGCGCAGUGCCGAUCACUGACGUUUGUCAACAAAAUGGUGCUUGACUCUUGAGACAGGCUAAAUUACACCACAUUGUUAAUGACAUUGAGCAUACAUUUUUUUAAAUACCUUCGCGAAGUAAAACUUCUGUACGUAGUACUUAUUAUUAUUCUGUGGUCGUACCUGAGCCACGUGCGGCUGAAGCACCCGUCGGAGUUCAUCUGCGGCUCGUGCGGGUACUCCUUCGUCAGCCGGCUCGGGCUCAGCAUGCACCGCACCAUGAUGCACAAGGACGCCGUGAGUUGUAACACUUGUGGUCGA